AUAAACAUCCAGCAGGCUGCAGUGGAGCUGCAGCUGCUCCUGCUGCUGUUAUGCUGCUGUGUGUGUCUGUACCUUUUUGUUAGAUAAAUGAACACAAACGAAGGAUAAAGUAUGAGCGAUUAACUCAGGAUGAUAUGACCCGUGUGAGCUCUGCCGCUUGGUCUUUUCUAACCGCGGCGUUCUCCUUUGUUGUGAAUGAAAGCUAAGCUAAUGAAGCUAGCUAACUAGCUACAGUGACUUUUCCUCCACAGGGAAAAGGGACCAGAGAGGAAACACACAGUGUUUUCUGAUGGCUUCAACUUCUACAGCUGAAAAAGCAGCAUGGCGUGAAGGUGACAGCUGUCUGGCUCCGAACCCUAGAGAUGGCAUCCUGCAAGAGGCCACCAUCCGGAGACUGUCCUCUACGUCUAACAGUAAUGAUACCACAGCAUGGGUUAUAUUUACUGACAACAAUAAAAAUGCAGAGGAGGAGAAGGAAGAAGAGGUGGAAGCCAUACCUGUCUCAAAACUCACAAGAUCAGACCCGAAUCAUGUAACCCAGGAGAAACCAGUAUUUCCCAGCAGCGUCACAGACCCCAGGCUGCGUGUCCCGUUAGUGCUGAGUGAUGCUGAUGGAGACAGAGUCCCUUACACUAUCAACAGAUAUCUGAGGGAUUACCAGAGGGAAGGUAUCAGGUUCAUUUACAGCAACUACAUCCGUUCCAGUGGUUGUAUCCUGGGGGACGACAUGGGCCUUGGAAAAACUGUACAGGUCAUUGGUUUUCUUGCUGCUGUGUUGCACAAAACAGGCACAUGGGAGGACAUCAAGAACAACAGGCCUCAGUUUCUGCAGAGUCAGAUCCCCUCCAAGCAAAGUAAACCCAACAAAGUGUUCCUCAUUGUGGCCCCACUGUCAGUGCUUUAUAACUGGAAAGAUGAACUGGACACAUGGGGUCAUUUCCAGUGUGUGGUGGUCCACGGGCUGAGGAAAGAGGAGGAGCUGGCUCGCAUUAAGAAGGGACGCAUUGAAAUUGCUCUCACCACCUACGAGACCCUGCGUCUUUGCCUGGAUCAGUUUAAUAACAUAGACUGGUCUGCUGUGGUUGUGGAUGAGGCCCAUAAGAUAAAGAAUCCAAGCUCUCAGAUCACUCAGGCCAUGAAGGAGCUGAAAUGUAAGAUCAGAAUUGGCCUCACUGGAACCAUCUUACAGAAUAACCUUGAGGAGCUGUGGUGUGUCAUGGACUGGGCCAUACCUGGUUGUCUUGGCAACUUAGGACAUUUCAAGAACAAAUUCUCAGAUCCAAUUGAGCAAGGACAGAGGCACAGUGCAACCAAACGUGCCCUAGCUACCGGGAGGAAGACAGUCAGAGCCCUGGUGAGGAAGAUCUCUCACUGGUUCCUCAGGAGGACUAAAGCUCUCAUCAGAGAACAACUACCCAAGAAGAAUGACAGGGUGGUGUACUGCUCUCUGACAGACUUUCAGCAAACUGUGUAUCAGACGGUGCUGGAUACCGAAGAUGUGACGUUACUGCUGAGGUCCUCAGAGAAAUGUGGCUGUCAAAGUGGACGCACACGCAGAAGCUGCUGCUAUAAAGCAAACUCUGAAGGUGUUCAGAUAAAGGAGCUGUACUUUAGUUACUUGGCCAUAUUGAGGAAGGUUGCCAACCAUGUAGCGCUGCUUCAGUCCACUGCUGGAACCAGCAAGAAACAGGAAAAGUAUGUGAGCGCCGUUUGUCAGAAGGUAUUCCAAAAGUUUCCAGACUUUGUGCAGAGAUGUAAGGAUGAAGCAUUUGAGGCACUGUCUGACCCAAUGUACAGUGGAAAAAUGAAGGUUUUGCAGAAGCUGCUGAAAUAUUAUCUGCGAAAAAGAGACAAAGUACUUCUUUUCUCUCUCUCAACCAAGCUGUUAGAUGUGCUGGAGAGCUACUGCAUGGCAGAAGGGCUGGACUAUAAGAGAUUGGAUGGAGCCACCAAGUCCAAAGAGAGAGUCCAGAUUGUCAAAGAUUUCAACAGCUCCUCCCACAUCAACCUCUGCCUGGUUUCCACCAUGGCAGGUGGUCUUGGCCUUAACUUUGUAGGGGCCAAUGUGGUCGUGCUAUUUGACCCCACCUGGAACCCAGCAAAUGACCUCCAGGCUAUUGACAGGGCAUAUCGUAUUGGCCAGUGCAGGGAUGUGACUGUUCUCAGGCUGAUCUCAUUGGGCACCGUAGAGGAGGUUAUCUACCUCAGACAAGUUUACAAACAGCAAUUGCAGUGUUCAGUCAUUGGCAAGGAGAGUUCCAGACGGUAUUUUGAGGCAGUGCAGGGGCACGGUGUCCAUAAGGGGGAGCUGUAUGGGAUCAAAAACCUCUUCAGGCUGCAGACUCAAGGAACAUGUCUCACACGCAAGAUAUUAGAGCGAGAAGGACAAGUGGAGGCCGGUGUAAUGACAACCAGCACACACACAGGCGAAGAGAAGGAGGAGGACAGGAAAGGACUUAGCGAACCUGGACAGUCUCCAUCUACAGAGUGUGUUGCACAGAAUGAUGAACCAGCCAAGGAGAACAAGGAUUCUUCAAAGGUCCCCAAAGGGGUGCUGGACUUCAGCAGUGGGAGUGAGGAGGAUGAGGAUGAGCAGAGGUUUAAGAGGAAAGCCUCAAAUCCCAGUGCAGUGGAUGGCAACAGAGGUGGAAGUGCUGCCACUGGUCCUGGUCGAAUGAGCCUCUUACAGCACGGUUUCUCCAGAUUCCUUGAAAGGGUCAAAAGUAGACCAGAGUCAGGCAAAGGAGAUGGUAGUAGUUUAGAAGAAAGCCCUUCUGACACAGACACUGAGGAUCUUGGAAAAUUUGGAAAGAAUGAGUGUACCUCCUCUGGCAUCAACAAGAGAUCCAAUACAGGGAAUGAUGCAGUCUGUGUCCCGAAAUUGAGAACAAAAACCUGGGACAUCUCCAGUGGUUUGGACAGAGAAGACAGAAGGAAUGGAGGCAGUGGUAGACAAGAGAGGGUUUCUUUGUUGAAAGAGAGUGAUGAUGCUGUAAGAAAGAGACAGAGUCUGAAGGGGUGGACAAAUAAGGACAUUACUGUAGAGGGGGAGAGUGAUGAAAACUUCUCACCAGACAAAAAGCCCAACAAACUCAAAACUACAGUUCCCACAGCACACUGCUUUGAGGGUUACUCUGAUGAAUCUGAGGAUUUCGACCUAGAGCCAAGCACAUUGCCCAAGAAAGGUGCAUUAAAUUCUCACUGUAGAGGUCAAGACAGCGGGAGAGGAAGUCAUGACUCUAACAGAAAGAGGCAGUCUACCAGUGUGAGGAACAAGGCCAGAUCCAAACACACAGAAGCCAUAGAGACAUACACAUCUUCAGAGGAUGAACGCACUCCUGUUAAGAAAGGAAGAUCUACAGGGUGUCACUUCACAGAGAGGACAGAGAGACACACAGUUUCAUUUACAACUCUGAAGAGUCAGACAUCUCCAGCAUCUAAAGGAAAGGCCGGAACAAUCGAUAGCGUACUAGGGGAUGUGCAGGAGGUGGUGUAUACCCAUUCCAACCAGCGUGUUGUGGGUGGGAGCAAAGCAGAGGAGAUGAUCAGCAGAGCUGCUGUACGACACGUGUUUGAACGCAAGAUGUACUCUCAGCUCCCAGCCAAUCACUUUCUAGGCACCCUGGAGAGUCUGUCAGCAAGCCCACCAGACAGUCUGCCUCAUUCUGCUGUCAUCAGUGUGCAGAAGCCCAGUGUCGACCAUCCAGUCACCUUCGCCAGCAAGAGUGUGCACCACACCAGACACACCACCUUCAUCACUGGAGAGACUCCCCAGGCCAUACGCAGGCAGCACCUGGAGGAAAUGGCAGAAAAAUUCAAAUGCCCCUCAGUUCACCAGUUUGCAGUAGAGAUCCUGAGCAGAAACUCAAGCCAGAGACUGGCCUGGUUACGACAGUAUUACACUUCACUGAACUACCCUGACCUGGCUAAUACAGUCACAAAACACUUCCCACACUCUGAUUCAGCACAGACCUCCUCCACUUCAGCUGCUUCCUCCUCCACAUCCACCAAAACAGCUGCCACAAAAUCUCACACAGAGACCAGAACCCCACAAAAGGAUGUUGCAAAAGCCACACGAAAGCCUAAAUACACUCAGAAGAAUCUGGGGCCCAAACCUCAGCCUGAAAUCCUACAAAAUCAUGUUCCCCAAACAAACCCUAAAAACCCACAAAAUGAUGUUCUAGAACCCCAGAAAAAGCAAAAGAUCUCACAAAAGAAUGCUCUAGAACCUCCAAGUAAUGUUUCAAGCCCUGAGUCAGAGGGGCAGGAGGAGACGGUCUGCAGUGCCAGAGGACAGAGGAGGACAAAGAGGGGUAGUGUUUCUAGUUCUGGAGCCCACAGAGCUGGUGGUGGUCUUGGCGUGGAUCAGGCCAGCAGCAGUGGUCUGGGGUCUGGGAAGGCUGCUGCUUUCCCUAACCACACAGACAGAGAUACCCCUUCUUCUCCGGACCUCAGCCAUGGCAGGUCCACCAUGUCAUCCAAACCCGCAGCACAGGGAAAGGAGCGAGAACAAGAAUCGUCCUCCAGGAUUAAAGAAACUUUUCAAGGGCAGAGAGAAAAUUCUCGGACCCCUUCCCCUCCUCAACAGGCCCCUUCCACCUCAAGUAAUCGCUCCUUCCUCACAGACCUGAUAGGAGACACCUCAAUCCUUGACGAUUUGUUCAAACCCAAACCCAGGGGUGCACAACAGAGGAGUGGCCCAAAAACACCCCCCGCAUUGUCAGUGUCAGUAAACACAUGUCUCGCUACACCUUCUCCAUCCAGAAUCACUCUCAGUACUGAUUCUGGCCUCUUAGACUCCCUCUCUUCUCCAAGCUCACACACAUCAACUACUCACCAGGUCAGUACACCAGUGCAGGCAUCAAAGGGUGGUCGCAAAGACUUCUGGGACAUUCUAAAUGAGGGCAAUGAGGAGAGUAUCAACAGGCUAACAGACCCAGCAGAAGUGCAGAGAGUUUGUGUCAACACUAACUUUUUAGCUAGAAGUAGGUCUGAAGAGGAGGAGAGCAAGAGUCUCUGGAAGACUAAUGAGAAGUUCCUGUGGAAGAAAUGAUACACAAGAGUCAUUUUAGAUCGUAUUAGAAUUUUUUUUUUUUUUAAGUUCUAAAAGAGAAUUUUUCUCAACAUAUUUUAUUAUUUUAAAAUUGCAUAUCAUUUAUACAACUUUAAAAUGUCUUUUUUAAUUUACUCGCUGUAUUUGAAAUAUCAAUUUCCUGAAUUAGACAAACUGACAUAAUGUUGACUUGAAUAAACAGGGUGUUGAUCCCUGGGAAUUGAAACUUCUGCGUAUUUUAUGGAAUUACUAUCUCAUCUGUUGCUUUAUGUCUAUAUUUUUGACUUAACAUAUACAACCUCAAUGGAGCACAUGCAAUGUAUAAAAGAGUGAAAAAACUGACCCAAAAAAACAAAGAAAUCAAAGUAGUACAUUGUAAAUUUGUAAUAAUACACAGCUGCAACUAAGGGAUUAUUUUCAAACAAUUUUUUCUGGCCAACAGUUAAAAACAAAAACAAAAAAUGGUUUACAAUAAUGUAAGAGAAUGAAAAACAGCAAAUUCUCACAUUUGAGAAGCCGGAACCAUUAGAUGUUUGAAAAAUGAUUUAAUUAAUCAAAUAACCAUUUAUCAGUUGUCAAAAUAGUUGCAGAUUUAUUUUCUGUUGAUCAACUAAUUGGUUCAGUUCCAAAUGUUCUAUAAAAAUGUUAAGGUCACUGUCACUGAUAAGAUGUUAAGUGGAUGAUUUGACAGAGAAAACCGAUCCGCUGUAGGCAUUAGCCAUUAUCGUCAUUGGAUACCGUGGCUGCCACCCCAGAACUGUUGGUGGCCCCCGCAGAGAUAUCACUUAAAACUCCUUAAUGGCUGUUACGUCUCCAUCACUCUGAACCCCUCGCUGCCCUCCCACUCCCCCGUGAGAGUGUGCAUAUUGUGUAGAUGGUGUGGUUCCUCCGCACAGUAAUCUGAUAGUCUGUGGCGCUCUGCUCAGUUGCGCCUCAAACGCCCCUCAGAGUGGAAGCUGCUGCGCUAUUAGUGAAAUAACAAU